AUGGUUUAUUAAUAAUUGAUGGUAUAUAAGGAACUUUACGUUGGGCAUUAAAAGGGAUAAAUAAAGCUAACUUAGUUUAGGUAUUAGAAUAAUAAUUAUUUUAGUAUUCCACUAUAUUUGCAUAUAUUUGUAUUUAAUUUUUCUAUAGUCUCUUUAUAGAUCUAUUUUUUACAGAUUUGA